CAAGACGGUCGAUGUGCAGUGCGCAUGCGUUUCAGCGCCGUGCGCCUGGGGUGAGGAGACGGCGGCGGGACCGUGAAUUACGAGGUGACGACAGGACGCUGCCUACGCGGGACGCGUCCCGUCCUGACGCGCUGCCGCACGGGUCCGGGCAGGUUGAAGGCGGCCCGCUCAGGCCCUAGCGACGCGGGGGCGGGUCAGCCUCCGCCGGCAGCUUCUCAGGGGCCGCCUCAGCGCCGCGCAGGCAGCCGCCCGACGCCGCCGCCAUGCCUGAGGGCAAGUCCGUCUUCCGGGAGGUGCUGCCCAAGCAAGGUAACCGCCGUGCCGCCUGCGCCCCGCAGCGCUCCCUGCGCCGGGCCCGGCCAGCCGCUCUCGGGCCGCCUCCCCCGUCACCCGCUUCGGCGCCCCGGCGCUCCCCGAGGGGGCAGUUGUCAGUGGAGGAUGUGCCUACCAUGGUGUUAUGUAAGCCAAAACUGUUGCCUUUAAAAUCUGUUACCCUAGAAAAGCUAGAGAAAAUGCAGCGAGCAGCACAGGAGACAAUUCGCCAGCAAGAAGUGGCACAGAAGGAGCAGCAGCAACAAAGCGAACAAUAGUGUGCAUGAUGGCUCACCCCCUUUAAGAAAUAUUUCACCUAAAUAUUGUACCUUAGUUUGUGUAUAUUAAUUUAGUGAUGUUUGCUGUACAGUUAUUAAAAAGGAGUUCAGGAAUGGUAGAAGUCCAUACUAAACUUUCUUAGCUCAUGUCUUCUUAUAUUGUACAUAUUAUAAAUGUCUGUAGAUUUUGCUUAAGAGGAGUCUUUUGUUAGUAUGCUUACUACCUUCUCUGUAGCUGGGGCUUUCGGCUUCGUAGCUUGAUUUCUUUUUUAAAAAGCUUCAUAAUUGUGCUGGCUUAAAAAAAAAGCCCCAUGAAGAGUUUGUCCCCCUCAACUUAAUCUUUUUUUUUCUCUAAGCUAUUUACUUUAGUUCAUUACUUGAGGCUGGAGAUGUAUAGCUAACACUUCUGAAAUGUUACAAAUCUUGCCUGGCCGUUCUGGUCUAGGUAUUAUAUUAGAGCAGCAGCUCUGCUAGAGGUUAAGCAUUGUUUACUGUUUAAAGCAUUACAUAAGUGCUCUACAAUCCA